UCGAAAAUCCAUUUCUUGUCAAAAAUAUUGCAGAAUUCUCAAAUGAAGCCACAAAAGUCUUCCAAUGGGCCAGUGCUGCUUCUCUGCAAACAGAGUUAAUUGAGCUACAAGAAAACCUAGCACUGCAGGAAUCUCACUGUGACCUUGUCACCUUCUGGACAAAGAUGGUUACUGCGGCAGGUGUUCCUCUCCUGCAGAAGAUGGCCCUUCAAAUUCUUACAAUGUUUCCCUCAACGUACUGCUGUGAAUCUUCCUUUUCCACUAUGAACAUGGUGAAAAACACAUACCGCCACACCUUCACCAAUGAACAUUUACAUCAGUGCCUCCGCCUUGCCCUCACACCUUUUAUGCCCAAGUUCAAACAACUGGUGGCACAAAGAAGGUGUCACCUUUCACACUAAAAGGCCUACCAUGUCAUUUUUUUGUGUAUAGUUCUAAAGUUUGGGGAUUGCCUUUUUUGGAGUUCUCUAUUUGGAAUUUGACCGUCACUUUUCCCGACCUCAGACUGAAUGGAAAUUUAUGAGGAUAAAAGUGAAGACCAGGAUCAACAGGGCCAAAAAGAUAAAUCCUUAAAACUGAAGAAAUUGAGAAAAGACAAAAAGGAAGGUGGGCAGGAUGAAGACAAAGCAGAACCUUCCUCAGCAUCACCUCCUCUUCCCAGUGAGCAGCAGCCACCUCAGUCUUCCAUGGAGCCUACCGAUGGUGGAAGGGCCGAAACCUGUGAGCCUUCUUCAGCACCUAUGGAGCCCACAGCCUCUCCUAAACAGCGACGUUCAAUAAUUCGUGAUAGGGGUCCAUUGUACGAUGAUCCAUCCUUGCCUGCUGGCUGGACCCGAAAGCUCAAACAACGCAAAUCUGGCAGGUCUGCAGGCAAAUAUGAUGUCUACCUAAUCAACCCAGAGGGAAAGGCCUUUCGUUCAAAAGUGGAGCUCAUAUCGUACUUCCAGAAAGUGGGAGAUACAACCACUGACCCUAAUGACUUCGAUUUUACUGUCACUGGCCGUGGCAGCCCAUCAAGACGUGAAAAGAAACCACCGAAGAAGCCAAAAGUCAUGAAAACCUCUGGUAGGGGUAGAGGAAGGCCAAAGGGAAGUGGUAAAAUACGACUUGCCUCAGAGGGAGUGGCAGUGAAGCGGGUCGUAGAAAAAAGCCCAGGGAAGCUAUUAGUCAAGAUGCCUUUUGUAUCACCGUCUGUAAAAACUGAGGUGGAAGCCCCCCCAGCACAAGCCCCAGUCAAAAAACGACCUGGUCGUAAAAGAAAACUAGAGCAUGACCCACAAGGUGCCCCCAAGAAACGGGGUCGCAAGCCAGCUUCUGUUGUUGGUCCUACUUUAAGCGCCGGGACAAGUGUUGUUGUUCCAGCAGGAAUAGGCACUGUGUCUCAAGUAUCUGAAGCCAAGAAGAAAGUUCCUAAGGAAUCUUCCAGCAAGCCAGUGCAAGAGACCGCACUUCCCAUUAAAAAACGCAAGACACGGGAGACUGUGGAAGAACCUGAACCCACUCCUGCUCCACCUGUAGUGGAAGAGGUACCUUCACCAGGGAAGAUCCAGAAGUUUGCCAAGAGUCCAGUCCGAAAGCACAAGGAUGUAACUGAGGAAGACAGCAGCAGUGGCAGCCCGACUAAAAGCCACAAAAAGAAGGAGCGCCAGCAACAUAAACAUCGUCAUCAUCACCACCACCACUUCCAUCAACACCAAGAGCAUCACUCUGAGGACAAAGCAGUGGCCCAAGGGCCUCAAGAUAAUGAACCACAAGAUUUGAGCACUCCCAAACUGUAUCGUGAGGAGAAGCAGUCGACUGCCAAAACAGAGGCAGCCCGAGCUGACAGCUUCCCUAGUAAAGAGGGAGCAACUCAGACUCUAAGCACAGCAGAUGGUAAACAUCGACCCAGCAUGGUAAUUGGAGGGGGGGUAGGAGAGGGUGCAGAAAUGAAGGACAUAGUGCCGUCAUCAGCUGUGCCUAGGCCUGCUCGAGAGGAGACAGUGGAUUCCAGGACGCCAGUGAGUGAAAGAGUCAGCUGACUGAGAAAACAAAUAAGAGUACAUGAGAGGAAGAAGAUGGAAACAGCUUUUCAAAAAAUACUUAAAGGCAGCUGCUAUGUCUUGUUCUCCUGUGGGUAGGGCUGUUUAACCAACAGAACAGGGAAAAAUAAAUUGCAAAUUGCUUCCUGAUUGGUAAUAGGUCUUCUGAUGGAAUUUUUUUUCAUUUUACCCAGUGCUUUUUGAUGACUGAAUGUGAAGUUGAAAGAGUGAAUUGUUUUCACAAAGUAAUUAUUAAACCCACUAUACCUUGUAAUUCUGAACCAAAUCAUACAAUUUUGGAAAAGGUGCCGAAGUGGUGUUGCUUAUUACUUGGCUGCUUCAGUACAAUAAAAAAAAAGUGUUGGCCUGGUCAUGGGGAAAAGUGUAAAAGAUGGCAGAAUAUGUUUGUCCGUCUUGAAAAUGCGUUAUGUGUUUUGUCUGAUGAGUUUGUUUCUUACCUACCAGCCCUUAAAAAGCCCUAGCAAUUAAAGCUUUGAAUAUAAAGUUGUCGUCAGUCUGAAAAGAACUUCACUGAUCAUGUAUAUGCAAAGGGUUAAACAAAAGUAUGACAGCCAAAGCCCAAUGGUAAGAAACCUGAGAUUGUGUUUUACAUUUAAUGCAGUAUGACUGAGUGAUGGAAAGAUUUUCAAACAGGUGUAGGAGAUUAAGAUAUCUGGGGAUUUGUUUCUCAUGUCUGACCACAGAGGAUAAAAGUACAGCAUUCCCCUUCAUGUUAUAUAUCAGUUGAUAUGGAACUAGUUGUCCAGUACAGUACAACACAAUGGAAUCUGUUUGUUUACUGGGUAGACUUCCUACUUACAUGUUUGUUUAUUUAUUCUUGAUAUACACAUAGGAUCAUUAGAGUGUGCUGUAUAUAGAUACACUUGUUACAGAAGGUAACACAUAAUCAUGUUGGAGGAUUACUGAAUUUAAAAAAAUCCAUAUUAUGAAUAAUUUGGAUUUUUUAACUGAAAAUCAGUGUGUUGUGUAAUCUAUAAUUGGUGAACCAUGAUAAGUACACAGCCAUAUAUAAUAUAUUCUAAUUGGUAUGUGUGUAUGUAUUUUUCAGUGUACACACACACACACACAUAUCAAUUUUAUAUAGUUAAAUAAUCAUUAGUAUUUAUAGAGCUGUCUGUAUCCUUUGGAAGAUCUUAUAAGUGUGGGUUUUAUUUUUAUGUAUUAUGGGGAUUUUUUUCUUAUGCUCUUGUCUUUUUUGUUUACAGGUUGUUUUUUUGUAUAUUCAUAUUCUCUUAGAAGCACCUUAUCUGUCAGAAACAUGAAAUAAAAGUAAUAAUAGAAUCAGAUAAUGUUUAAUCAAAAGAAAGCAGUUUCUUAUGGCAUUUUCUGUUCGAGCACACAGGCUGGCUGUUAUGCUGUUUUCAUUUUGGGUCGGGUGGAACACAACUAAUUCAGAGCUUCCAGUUAAUGCCAGUAGGUUUUACUAGAAGUAUAAAAGUAGCAUUUUUCACAAUGAUAAUUUAAAACAAACCUGUCCAGAAAUGAAAACGUAACAGUAUGAUGUAAAAAUGUAGUAUCUUACUACGAUGCUUAUGCAAUCACCUUGUUUUUAGUCAUGGUUGACCAUGAAGUUAUUGUUAUCUGUUUUUGAUUUUUUUUUUUUUUUGUCUUUGUCAUGUUGUCCUUUUACAAAUCAUUUAUGUAGCAUUUAGGUAUGCUGCCCUGUUUGUUAGCCAUUACUAAUUUGUGUAUAAAUGUGCAUGUUUCACUAUUCAGUACAAUGUAGCUCAGUGAAGAUAUAUAAAACAGAUUGCUUUUUCCAUCGUUUUGGUCUGACAUAGAAUAUAUGAGUAGAAACAGUAUACUGUAUCAAAAUUACAAUAUGGAUAAUAGCUUGAAAGUGGUUUGCUUGGAGCACAAAUGUCAUAUGCAAGUCAUGUAAUCCUCCUGUGUUCGUGUGCGUCCUGUAAAGCAUUGAAGACAAAGAUAUAUACGAAAAACAGAACUGUAGGUUAAACAUUGUUUCUUUUUUCCAUAUUUUUUUGACUGAAAAAACAAGCUGAAGCAGAACUGCUUACAACAGUAAAGAGAAAAAAAACUUUCUGGCAUUAACCUUAUUAAAACAUCUCAUGCUGUACACGUAGUUACUAUAAUAAACAAAAAAAGCAUAUUUAUAUGUUUAUAGCAAUGAGACACAGCCUGAGUGCUUACAGAAUGGAUAGUGCCUUGGUGUUUAGGUGACGAGCAAUAGAAGUGACCUUUGAGUACUACCUGUUCACCACGUUUUUCUUGCAGACUGGAGGAAUAGUGUGCUGAACACAGGGGAAGGAAAGAAUGUGCCAUUAUUUUGUGAGGAGUAGUAGAUUUAGAAAUCACCUAGUUCGAUAUACACUUAGCAUUAGAAUGCUGUUCAACUAGCAGUUUUAUGAGUACAGUCUUUACCAUCUAAGAUAAAUUGCCAUUUUUAAAAUUAUUUUUCUGAGUAAUGUCUCAUCAAAAUUCAGACUUUGCCUCUUUCAUUCAUUUUCAGUCAUCAAGUUGGCAUCAUCUUUUGUUUUUCCUCCCUUUAAAGCAUAUCAUUAGACUUU